CAGACCCACAGUCGAGCCCAUGUACGCCCGCCAUGCACGCCUGGCACCCAGGCAUGUCGCGGGACGCGAGGGACGCGCGCGAGGCGUGGAUCUCGGGCGGGAGAGGGCGCAGCGGGCUCCGGAUCGUCAUUGUCACUGAAAACUUUCUGCCCAAGGUCGACGGCGUCACGCGCACGCUUGCGCGCCUGCUCGAACAUCUCGAGCGCGAGGGACACCAGUGCAUGCUCCUGGGUCCUGGCACGGGCAUGAGCCACUAUGCAUCGCACCCACUCGUCGGCACCGCGGGCGUGCCCCUGGUUGUGUACCCCGGCCUCAAGCUCAACUUCCUGCGGCCCAAGUUCUUGCGCGUAAUCCAAGACUUUGAGCCCGACGUCGUCCACUUUGUCGACCCCAUCUGGCUGGGCGCGCAGACCCUCGUCGCCCUCGAGCUCGGCUGGGCGGGGCAAGAUUGGGUCGGCGACGGCGGCCCCGCCAUUGGCACCGGCAUAAGCGGCGCCGUGGUCGCGAGCUACCACACCAACCUCGCGACGUACGCGACGCUGUUCGGCCUCUCGUGGCUCGAACCCGUCAUGUGGCGCCUCCAACAGUGGCUGUAUUCCAAAACCAAACUCACCCUCUGCCCAUCCCCGUCGACGCGCGACAUGCUCGAGUCGCAGAGCUUCGCCAACGUGCGCCUGUGGCCGCGCGGUGUCGAUCUGUCCCACUUCUCGCGCGCGCACCGCUGCCCCAAAAUGCGCGCCUCAUGGGGCGUCGGCGACGCGCCCGACGGACGGGCCAUCUCGGGCCUCAAUAUGCCCCUCACGCCACCAGCAAGCCCCACAGUCAGCGCGGCGGGCGCCGGCGACCUCCCCUCCCGCAACGUGCUGCUCUACGUCGGCCGCGUGUCAUGGGAGAAGAACCUCGUCCUCCUGCUGCGCGCGUACGGCCGCCUGCGGCGCACGCUGCCGCCCGCGGCCGUCCCGAAACUCGUGUUCGUCGGCGACGGCCCCGCGCGCCCCGAGCUCGAGAGCAUAUGCGCCGCGCAGGACUUGGACGCCACAUUCAUGGGUCACCGCAGCGGCGCCGAGCUCGCGCAGUGCUAUGCGUCCGCCGACGUCUUCGCCUUCCCCAGCUUCACCGAGACGUUCGGCCAAGUCGUGUUGGAAGCGCUGGCGUCUGGCCUCCCCGUCGUCGGCCUCGACGCCGAGGGCACGCGCGACCUCGUCGCGCACAGGCACACGGGGCUGCUCCUCCCACUGCCCCCGCAAGGGGCGGCGGCGCCGAGGCAAGGAGACACCUCGGCACCGCCAUCACGCGCGUGGCCCGCCAUCUGCCGCGACACCGCCACCCCCCUCUUCGACACUUGCGUGGAGGGGUACGCCGCCCUCCUCGCCGAAGCAUGUACGCUGCACACGCAAAGAGAGGCCAUGGCGCACAGAGCCUGCACACAAGGCAUUGUCGGGUACACGUGGUGGGACGCGAUGGAGCGCUGCGUCGACGGAUACCGCGAGGCGAUGCGGAUGGCGCGCGCCAACCGGCACGUCAGCAUCGUGUCGGCACCGUCCGCGCCGGCGGCGCUGGACCCCGCCGUCCCCGUCCCCGCCCCCACUGCUACGCCGCGCAUCUCCCGUGUCAACAGAGCGCUGUCGAGACGGCUCGCGCACAGGCAGUUCCGCGAGGCGCAAAUGCGAUACCGGACACGCGCAAAGUCCGAAGCCGAGCUCGCGCACUUCAAAACACUCGCCAAGGCCCUCCUCGUCGCCCUCGCAUUCUGGUGGAUCUGGACACGCCACCUCGCGUCCAAUGGGCGCGUCGUGUCGUGGGACGAGCUGUUCACCCCCGCCUAA